AUGUCAUCUUCCAGUGGAGUUAAAGCAAAUGCGUAUUGGGCCAUCAAGAAAUUGAGUUUUGAUCUUGAAGUUGCUAGUGAGAAACAUCUAUCUCAACUAAAUGAGAUGGAUGAAUUUCUACUUGAUGCCUAUGAAAAUGCCAAGAUCUACAAGGAAAAGACAAUGAGAUGGCAUGAUCAAAAGAUUGUUGAGCAUCAUUUUGAGCUUGGUCAACAUGUGUUAUUGUUGAACUCACACUUGAAGCUAUUUUCAGGCAAGUUUAAAUUAAGAUGGUCGAGGCCUUUCAUUGUAUCAAUGGUGUUUCCACAUGGUGCAAUGGAGAUAAUGGAUGGUAUAACAAAUGAAACAUUCAAAGUGAAUGGGCAAUGGUUAAAGGAUUAUUGGGGAGAUGACAUUGAUUGUCAACAAUCCUCCAUCAACCUUUCCGACCCUAAAUGA